UGUCCCUACCGUUAGAAACGAGGGGGGAGAAAUGUCCCUGCUCACAAGGUAGUUGAGCAGGUGGUUAUCCAUACCGGGGUCUCUUCAAAGUGCUUGACGAUGAAUCCCAGCGUCAACGACCAGGCACAGAAGUAUUCCGAUAAACUCAGUGCCAUCAACAACGUCGACCCUUACGAGCUACCAGAUUCUGCAUGGGGUAAAGACCUGGACGCUCUACCACCAUAUUCCUAUGGAGACUUUUACGAAUAUCUCCUGUAUAAACUACGCUGUGUCACCAAAGAAGAGAUGAGGAGCAGCUUCAAGUCAAGGGAUGGCUGGAGCCAGUUCCGUAACGGCUGGGUAAAAGACAUCCACAUUUACAAGCCUGAAAACUGUGAGAACACUGUCGUCCUUGCGAAGGUCAUCCACCCACAGCAACAGAGCUAUGGCCACAACAACAGCGGCAGUAGCAGCAGUGGCGGAAGCAGCAACAGCGGUGGAAGUCUGCCUCCUCCUGCCACACCCUGGGCAAUACUCGCCCCGUCGGGAGCCGUGUGCACCGCCCACUGCACAUGCAUGGCCGACGCUGCCGAGCAGACCUGUGGUCAUGUGGAGGCACUCCUGCUCAAGACGGAGGAGGCCCUGCGCACCAAAGACGAGGAACCAGUGGAAAUGGCCAGGUUGUUUGGUUGCACAUCAGCGCAUGCAGCUCAACGCAAUGGUGAUGAUGAUGAUGAUGAGGACGAUGAUGAUGAGGAUUAUGAAGAUGAUGAAGAUGAAUAUGAUGACGAAGAUGGUUAUUACGGGAAUUACAUCGAUUACGACUACUAUCCCGAAGAUUAUGACGAAGUCACCGACGACAUCAACAAGCUACCUGGUAUGAUGGUAAGAGUCCGGGGGCAGAGAACGAGGCAGCUCUGCUUGUACACGGUAGUGGAGGAGGUUAACCCCGAAACCGGAGUCUCUUCCAAGUCCCUGAGAAUGACCGACGAUUUCACCAACACCGAUCCGGCGGAGGAGAUAGCCAGAAAGAAGGCAAGCGUCGUCGCCAAUCAUCAGCAGCACGCGGAGAAACUCGCCGCCAUGAACAACGUUGACAAGCUGCCAGAAUCGGUGUGGCGCAAAGACCGACUGAGGGCUCUGCCGCCGACCACCAUCGACCACCUGUACGAGUACCUUGUGAAGCGCGUCGGCUACGUCACCAGGACAGACUUCAUGAGGUACAAGGAUCUGAUGCCUUUCAAGCAGUACUGUGAGGGCUACGUAAAGAACCUGCACAUCUAUCGGCCUGAAAAUUGUGAGAACACGGUCGUCCUUGCAAAGUUCAUCUACCCCAAGAGCCCCGAGCAACCCAUGACACCGUGGAUCAUCCUGGAGCCCUCGGGACGCGUCUCUUCCUCCCACUGCACGUGCCAGGGCGACUCCUGCACCCACGUGGAGGCGCUCCUCUUCAAGACCCAGGACUCCGUACUCAUGAGGCAGAAGGAGUCCGCCACCAACGCCCUCUGGUUCAUACCUGGCAACGUAGGGUACGAGGUCAAACCCAAGCGCCUUAGCGAGAUUGACUUCUCAGGCGACUAUGGCGACAGCGAUGAUGAUGAAUAUGGUCAUGAUGAUAACGAUGAUGAAGAUGGUUAUGAGACUGUAGAAGACAAUGAUGAUGAUGAUGAGUAUGCAGAUGAUGGUGGUGCUGGAGAUGCAAGCAACACUAGAAGAAAGAUGCUGAGCCCCCCCACGGAGGAGGAAAAAAGAGCAGUUGUUCAAGAGCUUGUACGAACUGGGCCUCCAAACGGGUGAGUUUGCGGUCUGUCUCAGCACCCAUCCCAAGUAUUACAAGGUGUUCUGUGACCAGCCCCUGUCCCCCGACGCCCCAUCCCCCACUCAGAGUGAUUCUGAUUAAGAUGUGUUAAGAUUUAAACAAAAAAAGGUGUUCUGUGACGCCAACAACCGCAGCCAUCCCCACCUACCCACGGCCAAUUCCCCUCAAUGAGUGAAACAAAAUCCCAUCCCACUCUAGAAGCAUACCCCCAAUCCCACUGAGAAACCAUUCGUUUUACAUGCUACAUUCUG